AUAGAAAAGAGAGACCCCUCCAUUUGAGGAACCUUAAAAUUAUUGAUUCUUCCAGUCACUCCCAUAAACCAUACAAAACUUCGAGUCUCUCUCUGAUUUUCACCUCUACGCCAUUCCAUCACAUACCAACAUCUUCUUUGUUUCGUCAAAAAACGUGAUAACCCUCUGUACAAUUCUCCACCGAUGGUGAACACUCAAUUUGAGGAAUUGUUGUUGACCCCUCUCAUAAGUAAUGACCUUUUUCACGUGUCUCUGCUUCGAUCUAUAUCGAUCAUAAUGAAUUCCAUUCACCCAAAACUUGUUUACCAUGUUUUAUAUUCCGUUUCCCUUGAUUCUUUAUUCUUUUUAAUUUUUUGGUUUCCUCUUUUCAUGUUUGCGUAUCCAACAAGUGUACUUGUUCAUUGGGUUACUUGUGCUUCCCUGAUCUGGGAAAGUAAAAAAGAAAGGAAUUUUGGUUUCUGCAUGGAGAAGGUUAUUUUAAAAUUUGAUUCGUUUUGGUUGGGAUGAUCAACCUUUUAUUACUAGCGAUUUUUUCAACUUCGAUCAGGAAAUUCUUCUUUUUUUUUGUAUGAUUGUAGAAUAUCCCAUCAUCUGGGAAUAGUAUACUUAUCAAAGUUUUCUUCUUUGGGUUCCUUCUCCUUAAUUUCACCCUCAAUUUCAACCGCUCCUGAUUUUUUAGUAUGGUGUCUAUGAAAAGUAAAAUCUAUUUGUCUUUCUGAUCAUCUUCAGUUUCAUGACUAAAUGCUUUCUUUCUUGUGUCUUUGAUUUAUAGGGCGAUUGUAAAUGAAGACAAAUAAUUAUGUAAUUCAGCUGUAUUUAAAAAAAACUGUCACUUUUAUAAGCAUGUUUUUUCUUUGUAGGUUUGAGGCCUGAGAUUUGCUAGUCAAAUACAUUCUUGAGGUACAUGCUUGUUGCAAAUUAGAACAAUGUGUAGAGUUUCAAAUGUUAUAAACUGAGAAACUGGAAUUAAUUAACAUUAACAUAGUAAUACAUUUACGCAUAUUUUCAUAAUUCCCAGAACUGUUAGAUCCUCUCUUCUGCUGUGUUUGGGCACUGUAUAGAGUUAGCAGUGCCCAUGGAUGCCACUACCAGUGGAACCCCAACUAUCCAAUACCAUAACAUCCCAGAUCAGCCAAUUACCACCAUUGUUGCCACACAAUUGCCUACGCUUCAACGGGAGCAACGACAUUGCUUUGGGGAUUCCAGUCCAGGAGAGUUUCCCUUGUCUGCUAAUCCUUCCAUUGUUCUUCAUCUCCUUACAUCAUACGACUUGUACGCUCAAGACCUUGCUAAACUUGAGGCAACAUGCUCCUUCUUCAAGCAGCCAGCAAAGUUUGAGCCCGAUUUCGAUUUGUCCUUGUCAGAGCUUGCUGCAUUAGACAUGUGCCAGAAAAGAGCCAUUUUUAAGCCAAUGACGACUGAACAACAGCAAUAUUUGAAGCAAAGAUGUGGUGGUUCUUGGAAAUUGGUUCUGAGGUUUUUGAUGGCUGGAGAAGCAUGUUGCCGAAGGGAGAAAUCACAGGCAAUAGCAGGUCCUGGUCAUAGCAUCUCUGUGACAUCAAAAGGGCUUGUGUAUUCAUUUGGGUCCAAUAAUUUCGGCCAGCUUGGGCAUGGCACCACUAGAGAGGAAUGGAAACCUCGACCAAUUAGAGCUUUGCAUGGCAUCCGAAUUAUACAAGCUACUACUGCGACUAGGAGGACAAUGCUGAUCAGUGAUUCAGGGCAGGUUUAUGCCUUUGGGAAAGAAUCUUUUGGUGAGGCUGAAAUUGGAAUUCAUGGAUCUAAAAUGGUUACAACUCCACAGUUAGUUGAUUCUUUGAAAAACAUAUUUGUUGUGCAAGCUGCAAUUGGAAACUUUUUCACUGCUGUGUUGUCAAGAGAAGGGAGGGUUUAUACUUUUUCAUGGGGUAAUGAUGGCAAACUCUGUCACAAUACUGAUCCAAAUGAUGUUGAACCCCGUCCUUUAUUAGGAGCUCUGGAACACAUACCAGUAGUGCAAAUAGCUGCUGGAUUCUGCUACCUGCUUUGUUUGGCUUGUCAACCCAGUGGAAUGUCAGUGUACUCGGUUGGGUGUGGUUUGGGUGGGAAGCUUGGACAUGGCUCAAAAACUGAUGAGAAGUUUCCUCGUCUGAUCGAACAGUUUCAGCUGUUAAACCUUAAGCCGAUGGUGGUUGCAGCUGGUGCGUGGCAUGCAGCUGUGGUGGGGCAGGAUGGCCGUAUUUGCACAUGGGGGUGGGGUCGUUAUGGCUGCCUGGGUCAUGGUAAUGAAGAAUGUGAAUCUGUACCUAAGGUGGUGGAAGGGUUGAGAGAUGUCAAAGCAGUUCAUGUUGCUACAGGAGAUUACACCACCUUUGUAGUGGCUGAUAAUGGUGAUGUGUAUUCAUUUGGUUGUGGAGAAUCUGCUAAUCUUGGCCAUAUCCCCGAGAAUCAUGAGGAGGGAGACAUGCACGCAAAUGUGUUAAGUCCAAAGCUUGUGACUUCAAUGAAAGAGAUGAAUGAAAAAGUGGUGCAGAUUAGUCUGACGAAUUCCGUAUAUUGGAAUGCUCAUACCUUAGCCAUAACUGAAUCAGGGAAGUUGUAUGGCUUUGGGGCUGGGGACAAAGGACAACUAGGCGUUGAGCUUGGUGCCAACCAGACUGAAAGAGGAAAGCCAGAGCAGCUUGAUAUUGAUCUUCGUUAACUAUGUGUGCUGGUGUACACCCAAUUCUUUAUACCAUCUCAUCCUCUAAUUUAUGCUUACCAUGCACAGUAUUUAGUGUUUCAAUCUCUUCUUCAUUAUGUAAAUGCAUCCACAAGUUCCAAGCUAGGCAUCAGAUGAUAGGGGCCUCUUAAUCUUAGGCUUCAACUAGAUUAUGAUACUUGAAAAUGGUGAAGGUUUACAUACUCUUCAUUUUUCUUGACUUUUAUCAUUUGUUUAGAUCAAGUUGGUUAAGUUUAUUAAUUUGCGAUUCACUUGA